AUGGCCGGCUUUCAGAACCUCGGUGCAAUAGCAGACGAUGCAGCAGCAGUAACUCCCACACCAGCUCGCGGCAAAGAAAUGCGCGCAAACCUCUUAAACAAGUUGCGUGCACCACCUCUAGUCCACGCCUGGGAUUUCUGGCACGAUCGUCAAGACCGCAACACUGCAACCACAUCUGCAACUUCUCCACCACCCGCUGCUCCUUCCACCACUUCUCCCACAGACAAACCAAUCACCAACUAUGAAGACAGACUCGUCCAUCUAGCUUCCAUCUCAGACGUCCGCACCUUCUGGAACGUCUUCAACAACUUCGAUGUGUCUGCUUUGCCUCUCCGCGACUCGGUCCACCUCUUCCACAAAAACGUAAAGCCGCUGUGGGAAGACCCUCGCAACGCUCACGGCGGCUGCUGGACCUUCCGCGUACCAAAGGACCGCGCGCCAGCUUUCUGGGAACGCAUCUGUUUGCUUGCUGUAGGUGAGAAACUGCAGGCUGCAGUGGAGAGCGAGAGACAGCAUUUCAGAGAUGACAUUUGUGGUGUGAGUUUGAGCGUUAGGUUCACGAGUGUGUUGGUGCAGGUGUGGAAUAGAGAUGCUGGUCACGAGCAGGGUAUCCAGAGGUUGCUGGAGACGAUCUUCGCCAACUUGGAGCCGGAGCUGAUGCCUAGGGAGAAUGGUUUCUAUUACAAGCCGCAUAAUGAGCAUGCAGCUUUCGCAGGCGGCAAGGCUGGUGCGCAGCCAGCGACAUUGAAGCAAGCCUGA